AUCAGUUGUCAAAAUUUCUAAAAAAAAAACAAAUUAUUGGUGUACUUCAAAUUUGAAAUUUCCAAUGGCUUUCUUCCUUUUCCGAUUGGCUCUGGUGGCUGGUGCGGUUUAUGGCACCCAAGAGUUGGGUAUUUGGGAAAGUGCCGACCACACACAGGAGCUAUUCGAAGACGCCAAGCGCGAGGUGAGUCCCUUUGCCGAGGACCUGAUGGGCCGAUUCUGCUGCUGGCGCUGCGAGAAGUGCGAUCCCGACGUAGAGGUCAAGCCGUGGCAGGAGUCCAUGGUGGAUGCCUGGAACGAUACGGUCAAGAAGACCUUUAACGCCCUGGGUGUCCAGGUGCCCUUGUACUACAACCGCUUCUCGGAAGACUUGCAGCAGGGCAUCGACGACUUGGUGAACAACAAUGAAGACGUAGUUACCGACCCUAAAGAUGGCUCAAAAUAAUAGCCUCCAUAACUGAAUGCCCUUCAAACUGAGAUGCAGCUAUUUUUUGGGAGAUACUCGUACUACAAAAAUAUUUGAGGCGAAAUUUAGUUGUGCUCUUAGUCCCUAUCCAUAAUAUACAAUCUUCAGAUUGAAAAAGAGAGAACGCUAUAAUUGAGUGCCUUGACUAUCAUUAGCUAACUAAUCUAAUCUAAUU